AUGAGCAGGCACCAACACCACCGCCGCAGCUAUGGGACAGAAAGAGACGACAAUGAUGAUUAUCUCUAUCAGAGAUUUCUAGAAGAAUCGGAAACUAGGGCCAGUAGAGAGCCUUCACCUGUAACUGAACAAUCUCAACAAGAACUACAACAGGAUGUACAGCAAGCAAUUGAUGGAAUAUUUAAUUCCCUUAGGAGGAACAUGAGCUCUACUUCAAAUCCAAAUAGAGCGACUAACACGGAUGCAAGCACAGACGGAAAUGUUGGAAUCAAUGUAGAUACUAGAAGGGCCACCAACGCCAAUACGGCCGAUUCUCCAUUCAUAGCAAGGCAGCAGAGCCCUCUUAGAACGUUUCUUAGAAAUUUAUUCAUUCUAGAUUACUUUAUUGGGCUAAUAUUAUUCCCGUUUUCCGUGUAUAAUAUAUUAAAGAGCGGUUUCAAUUCAAUGACAUUUUCAGAGAAUGAUUUCAUAGUCGAAAUCGUGGGGUACUGGAAAUUUGCCAAGAUAUUUGGAUCUGGUGGCACGACACUAAUUGCAUAUAAGGAUACUGGUAAAUUAGGAUUGCUGGGUAAGUUUCAUAACAUCAUUGUAUUUUACUCCUCACCAAUAAUACAACAUAUUAUGAAAAAUAGAGAUGGCAAUGAACCCCAUCUAAAUUGGUUAAGAUUAAUUUUUUCUAAAGUUAUCGAGCUAUUCGUCAAAAUCUCCACCAUUCUGAUAUAUUUAGCCUAUGGUGUGAGUGGUACCAUUUACAUGGUUACUGCUGGAUUUUUCUUCAUAUUGUGUCUAUUAUUUACUGUCGUCAGAAGAUAUAAAGGUGUCCAUAGAAUGUUGGUUAGCCAAAGGAUGGCAGGACCAGGUGUAUUCUAA